UCUUCUUCUUGAGAGAGAGAGAGAGAGAGAGAGAGAGAGAUAGAGAGAGAGAGUGACGUUUGAGGACACCGUUGACCUCAGCCACCACCACAGCCAUGACGGCAUCUGAGAAACCCAAUCCAGAACUUCCAACCGUUCCUUCCAAAAUCAGAGAAGAAGGCGAGCUCUCUUCCGACGACGAGGACGACGCCGACGAAAACCCCGAUAGCUCUGCUGUGCAAUCCACUCCUGCUUUGCAAUCCACCCCUGCUGUGCAAUCCACCCCGGCUGUUGAGUCUAUUUCUGUUCCCGCGGAGCAAAAAUGUACCCAAAGCGAUCAGGGUGGUUCCAAUAAUAUACUGUUGCAAACCAUCGGAAAACCAACUUGUCAGAAGAGCUUAAAAAAGAACCAAUUACCCCCUAAAUCUUCUCCAUGGACUGGUCAUGCAGGCACUGAUAAAAAUCUUGUGAUAAGCUUCUCUGAUGAUGACAGUGGUAGUGAAUUUGAAACUAAAGGUAAUGCUUCCAGGUUGGAUAGCGAUACAAAGCAACCUAUCUCAUCCUUGGAAAAAUCAAACAAGUUACAGUUACAGCAAAAUGCUAGAAGUUUACACAAGGCAUUGCCCAAGAGAUCAUCUUUAAAUCGCACAUUUAUCUCGUCAGUGACCAAAAUUCCUGGUUCCAAUUCUAAGGGUGCUGGAUCUACAUCACUAGGACAAGGUUCACGAGCUAGAAAUUUCAAUCCAAUGAAAAAGAAUUUAGCAAGUCAAGAGCGUGGACGUGAUCAAGGAGUGGUACCGAAUGACAGUAAACUUCAGGAUUUGCGGCAUCAGAUUGCACUUCGGGAAAGUGAACUGAAGUUGAAGGCAGCCCAGCAAAAUAAGGAGUUUGCCUCCGUUUUGGGUAGGGACCAUAAUGCCAUGAUUCUGAAGAAUGACACAGCUAGGAAACAUACUCUACUUUCCUCAGAGGCUGCACAAUUGGAGCCAAAGGAACCAGAUAGGAAACGUAUGAAACUUGGCACAUCUUAUGGUAUCCCUCAAGCUGUUGGCAGUCAGCAAGAAGUUCCUGCUGUGAAAUCUAUAUUACCAUCAAAAGAUUCUGCAUGGGAAAACUGUAAUCCUCAGGAGAGAAACAAGGUUGAUCGUAGCCAAAAAGAGAUUCCGUUAUGUAGAGGGGAGUCAACAACUAUUAUAUCACAAAGGCAACCUGACAAACAUCUUGACAAUUCUUCUCAAAAUAUCCCUUGUAGAUCAAGAGACGGUGAUAUCAAUUAUGUUUGCAAUCAGACUGAGAAGAGUAGUGGGCUGGUUGACCCUUGUAUUGCUUUCAAUCAAAGUGCAGUGCCAACAAAUAUGACUCCCAAUAGUGUGCCAAAAGAUUUAACUGAAAAGAGUAGUGGGCUGGUUGACCCUUGCAUUGCUUUCAACCCAAGUGCAGUGCCAACAAAUAUGACUUCCAAUAAUGUGCCAAAUGAUUUAGAAGCAUUAAGCAAUGCAGUUCUUUUGAAUCAUAAUGGUAAUCCAAAUGUCUUGGAGCCUAGCAACAUAGAUUUUCAGUCAUUUUAUAGUAUGGAGGAAUUGAUAGACAAGGAACUGGAGGAAGCUCAAGAGCACAGACACAAGUGUGAAAUUGCAGAAAGAAAUGCACUUAAAGCUUAUCUUAAAGCUCAGAGGUCUUUGCUUGAAGCUAAUGCUCAAUGCAACAAUCUUUAUCAUAAAAGGGAAUUGUAUUCAGCAAAGUUACGAUCUUUAAUUUCAAACAAUUCCAGCUUUUCUUGGUCUUCAGGGCAGCGCCAACAUCUUGAUAUAGGGCUGGAUUACUUACCUAGACAUGCAUAUGAAAUACCCACAUCAAGCUUUCAGCGGCAGGCUGAAUAUAAUGAUAUUAUUAAUCCAUGUUUUGAUUCUAAUAAUCGAGGCAUCAAUAAUCGGCGUUCCAAUACAUCCUAUCACCAUAUGACUGGAGCAAAUUUAGGGUCUGAACCUUGCGGUGAACCAGAUUCCAGUACAUCAGAGCCAUUACCUCAAAGGGGUAAUAAUGCUGCAGAUGGAGUUUAUUCUCUUUCAGAUGAAUUAGACACAUCAACUAAUGAAAAUGAAGAGAUUUCUCCAGCGGGACAUGUGUCUAAUCAUCUUGAUGCUGAAUAUCAUAGAAAACAGGACCCUAAGGUCAAACCAAUGGACAUAGAUACUGCGUCAAAUGCAAAAUUUUCCACUGACAGUACCCAGGAUUCUUUGCAACUUGAAGCAACACUAAGGUCUGAAUUAUUUGCACGAUUAAAGACACGAGCUAUAAAGAGUAGCAAUCCAUGUAAUAACGUAGAGCCUCCUGCUGAACGAGGAGCUGGAAAUGAAGUUGGAAGUGAGAAAAGCCAGGAGCACCACAGUGUCAUACCACUAUCGGGGUUGGAAGAUAAUGAUCUUAAAGGCAUUGAGAGGCAUAAAAGGAGUAUCUAUCUGGAUUCCAAUGAGAUUCAAAGUCAGCAAAACAUUGGUGGAAAUUCUUUGAAUUCCAACUGCAGUGCUGGUUCAGGAGAUCAAGGAGAUAUGCCUAAUGCAGUGAACAUCCCUACUUUGAUUUUAAGGAGUGCAUUUAGUGAGCUAAGAAAAGUUUCUCCAUUCAAUUCAAAUCAAUUACAGGGUAAAGAUGAGCUUAUUCAUGCCAAUGAUGGUCAAAAUAAAAAUGCAACAUGCCUCAUAUCUGAUCAAACAAAGUCGGGCAAUAUGUUAGCAAUCUCCAUGCCUGUCACUGUUGGGAAUUUACUCUCAGGUGAAAGCUCUUAUAGUUGUGGUACUGCAGUUGAUCCAUUUUGGCCACUUUGCAUGUAUGAACUCCGAGGAAAAUGCAACAAUGAUGAGUGUCCUUGGCAGCAUGUUAAGGACUAUGGUGAUGGAAACAUUCAUCAGCAUAAGCACACUGCUUCUAAUAAUGCAGAUUGUCAAGGUAGAUUAGCAUUGCAUCAACAAAAUUGUAAUGGUGUGACAAAAGUUCCCAAGUUUCACAAAGCUACUAUUAUGCCAACUUACCUUGUUGGUUUAGAUGUUCUGAAAGCGGAUCAAUUUGCAUAUAAACCUGUCAUGGGACAUAGAAAUACUCAGUGCUGGCAGAAGCAUUUCAGUAUUACUUUAGCUACUUCAAAUCUGCUUCGAAAUGGUUUAUCCACUGAUGAUCCACUAUUACAUGGUGACGAUGAACGCAUAGAGGUCCAUGGGGCAUGGAGCAAUCAGUUAUCUUAUUUUCAGUGGAGAAGUGGAGCUGGGAAUCAAAUUAAGCAGGCUAUGGCUGAUAGUGAACAAGCUGUCGAGUUGGCUCUUCUUAUUUUUAACCAGGAAAUGAAUAAAUUACAGGGUGUAAAAAAGGCUCUAUCUGUACUGUCAAAAGCUCUGGAGACUGAUCCAACAUCUGUGGUUCUCUGGAUUGUUUAUCUGCUAAUUUACUAUGGAAUUUUGAUGCCAAAUGAAAAGGAUGACAUGUUCUUGUGUGCGGUUAAGCUCUGUGAAGGAUCUUAUGUACUGUGGCUCAUGUACAUCAACAGUCGGCAAAAGCUUCAUGAUCGGUUGGUUGCCUAUGAUACUGCCCUCUCAGUGCUCUGUCAGAAUGCAUCUGCUGCUCCCAAGGACAGAAUGCAUGAAAGUGCAUGCAUCUUAGACUUGUUUCUGCAGAUGAUUGAUUGCUUAUGCAUGUCAGGGAAUGUUGAGAAGGCCAUUGAAAGAAGUUAUGGCAUACUCCCUGAUACAACUAUAUCGGAUGAGCCUUAUCAUCUGUCGCUCUCAGAUAUACUCAAUUGCUUAACUCUUUCUGACAAAUGUGUGUUCUGGGUUUGUUGCAUUUACUUAGUUAUUUACAGGAAACUGCCUGAUGCUGUAGUGCAGAAGUUUGAAUGUGAGAAGGAUAUCCUUGAUAUUGAAUGGCCCUUUGUCUGUUUAUCAGAAGAUGGCAAGGAGAUGGCUGUUAAACUUUUGGAAACAGCUAUUGAAUCUAUUGACUCUUAUGUCUAUGAUGAAUUAGUGAAAAGUGAAGUAAAUCUCAGUUCUGUUCAACUUUUUGCUCUCAAUCAUAUUAGAUGUAUGGUUGCUCUUGAUAGCCCAGUAUGCUUAAGGAAUUUGUUGGAUAAAUAUGUUAAGUUGUACCCUUCCUGCAUAGAAUUGGUCCUGGCAUCAGCUCGAAUACAGAAACAGGAGAUUGGUGUUGGCAGUUUCAUGGGAUUUGAGGAAGCCAUUAGCAUAUGGCCAAAAGAAGUUCCUGGAAUCCAGUGCAUCUGGAAUCAAUAUAUUGAAAAUGCCAUCCGGAAUCAAAGAAUGGAUCUUGCAAAAGAAAUUGCAGUACGAUGGUUCCACUCUGUCUGGCAAGUACAGCAUCUCCCAAAUGGAGGGAUGCAUGCCACUGAUGGUGGUAAUUCUUGUAGCUCAUUGGGAUUAAAUUCAAAAUCUGUUUCAGACACAUCAAGUUCUGAUAAUAAACACAUGGAUAUGAUAUUUGGAUUUCUUAAUCUGUCUCUUUAUAAACUUUUCCAGAAUGAUAAAACAGAAGCAUGCAUAGCAGUUGACAAGGCUAGGAAUAUUGCCAGUUUUGGAGUUUUAGAGCAGCCGAUGAGAAAACAUGUAAUGUUUCUGGUUUGUGAUGCUUCGAGCAUAAAGGAGGAUGGUCCUAAUGGUGCUAUUAAGAAGAUUUUGGAGGUAUAUAUGGAUGGUUCCUCUCACGCGUUGCAAGUCCCUGAGGUGCUAACAAGAAAAUUUGUUGACAACAUCAAGAAGCCAAGAAUACAGCAUCUUAUUGGUAACAUAUUAAUUCCAGUUUCAUUUGAUUGUUCGCUGCUAAACUUGAUACUUCAAUCAUGGUUUGGUUCAUCUCUUUUACCCCAAACUGUUAGUAACCCAAAACAUCUGGUGGAUUUUGUUGAAGCCAUUAUGGAGGUAGUUCCUUAUAACUUUCAAUUAGCUAUUAGUGUUUGCAAGCAAUUAAGCAAGGGCUACAAUCCUUUUGACCUAAACUCAGCCAGUCUAUGGUUUUGGGCUUGUUCAACCCUGGUAAAUGCAAUAUUGGAUGCCAUCCCAAUACCACCAGAAUAUGUCUGGGUUGAAGCUGCAGGGUUUUUGCACAGUACUACAGGCAUUGAGGCAAUAUCUGAGAGGUUUUAUAGAAGGGCUGUAUCGGUAUAUCCCUUUUCUGUAAUGUUGUGGAAAUGCUUCUAUAAGCUGUAUGAGUCCAUUGGAGAAGCAAAUUCUGUUCUUGAAGCAGCAAAAGAAAGGGGCAUUAAACUCGAUUAACUAUAUAGAUUUGGUAAUUGAUUGAGUGUUAGAUUGAUAGGAUCAAAACAAUUACUCAGGGUGACUUGCGGCCUCAACAGGUAGGUGAUAUUUUCAUCUACGAUAGACUUUCCACAUUUGGAAGCAGUUCUGUUGACACAGAAGUUUCAGGUGUUUGAGAGUUUAACUUGCGUCAAACUUGUACAGGAAAGUGAAUCGAAGGUAAUGACUUGUUAAGUGCGGGGAGUAGGUUAUGUAGGUGGUGCUCGUGAAACUUUAGGAUUAGUGGAUUUUCCCUGCUUUUGCCGUCUCCAUUUUUUGUUUUCCGUUUCCCCCCCCCCCCCCCACACACACACUCACUCACACUGACACUGACACACUGCUAUGUCAUAUAUGGAGGUGUCACACACACACACACACACACACACACACACACUGCUAUGUCAUAUAUGGAGGUGUCAUAUAUUUGACAUUAUAUUUUCGUACGUUGUAAACUGAAACAGAUGGAAUGAAAGUAUUUUCUUGUCUG